GUACAAUUGUGUGUCUCCAGAUUUGUGUACUAUAGUUUUGUUUGGAGGGUAGGAACCUUUGAUGUGAGCCGCUGUUCGCACACGGAUGUAUUUUGCUGGCGGAACGCGGCGUGUGUAUCGGGCGAUGGAAUCACUGAGAUGUGUGUGUGUGUGUGUGAGCGUCUGACUCGAGCACCAUGAGGCACCAGUGUACAAUCUGCCUGAAGCAGUUUGAUUUUGUCUCGAAGCUCCGGCGUCACCUGCUCACACACUCGGACCAGAGACCCUUCACCUGCUACGUUUGCCUGAAAUCUUUCCGACAGUCGGCUCAUUUGAAAGGACAUUUGAAAAGCCACGUAAAGCUGAGGGAGGUGUCGCUGAUCUUCUCACAGACCGUUCGCUCUCAGGUAUCUAACAGUCCUGACAAACAUGUUGGAGGUCAGAUUUCUGGUUGGAGGUCAGACGGAGAUCUUGGUGAAGAAAACGCGGGGUACGUUUCUCAUCUGGCGAGUAACGAGAACGAAUCUGAACAUCAGGAUCAUGUGGAACAUCUGAUAAACGAUAACACAUGGACGCGUGAGGUGAUACAGAGCAGGUGUGAUGGAUUUAAAGACUUGACCCCUAAUGGAAGCUUUCAAACCAGUACCUCUGAAUGCUCUAAAAUCCCCAACAGUGCUGAAAAACAAGAAGAUGUGGGAGAAGUUUACACCAACGAAGACACACGAGAACCAGACUCUUCUGCAGAGAUCAGAACGGUGAAGAUGACCAAUAAGCAUCAGUGUAGUGUUUGUCUGAAGUGUUUCUCUGCACCAUCCAAACUGAAGCGUCACUUUCUAAUCCAUGGCAGUCUCAGACCUUUCUGCUGUGACGUCUGUCCUAAAGCCUUCAGACAGCUCACCCACCUGAAGAUCCACCAGGCCACUCAUUUUACACAGAGUCAAAGAAAAGGGCAGGAAACUAUUCCCCGGAAGGCCGUGUCUCUGAAUCUAAAUCCUCCAGCUGACCCCAGGAACACGCCGGGGUAUGAGUCUGAACCUUCAGACAGACAAUUGGCUGUAGAAGCUGGAGAUCCUGAGAAGGAAGGGUUGGGAGAUGUUCCCACAGCGCCGCUUCCUAAAACCCUGAAACGAGUAAAGAGUUUAAAUCCUUGGAUGAAAAGUCGAGUUCUGCACGAAUGUCCGGUGUGCAGGAAGUGUUUCAGCGCCCCGUCCAAGCUGAGGAGACAUUGUCUCAUUCACACAGGACAAAGACCUUUCCAGUGUCCUUUAUGCUGCCGUGCAUUCAGGCAGCUUUCCCACCUCAAAGCCCACCACAGUGUUCACACCGGCCCCAGGAGGAACCUUCCCUCCUCACUCCAGACCCUCAGGUCCAACCAGACUCAGCCUUGUAGCACUCGGACCUCCAAGGCUCGCCUCAAGCGUUUGGUCCACAUCAACCUUGCGAGAAAGUUCAGAUCUGUGAAACAGAAACUAAAACAAUCUCCAUCGCUUGCGAGUAUGGAGACGCAUGAGAGCAUUUCAGAACCUGGUGCCAUCACAAACCACCGUAGAGAAGAUACCUCUUGCUCUGUGUGCUCCAAACACUUCAACGCUCCGUCCAAACUCAGACGCCACAUCCUGAUCCACACAGGCCAGAGACCUUUCAGAUGCUCGGUUUGCUGCCGAGGUUUCAGACAGAAAUCUCACUUGAAGGUUCAUAAGUGUAGAGGAGAAGGCAGAGGAACCUUUCAGUUGAGAGGAAGUGAGGUCCAUCUGAGAGACUCUGAUGGUUCCAGGUCUAAUAUGAGCAUCAGACAGGAGGAGGAAAGUCAUGGUGAGAACUUCAGUGGAAUGACACAGAGUUAUGUUUUCUCACCCAGACCAGGACCUGGAGAUGAUUAUAUCCCAGGGGACUGUGGUGAUCUCACAUCUCCAUCUUACCAAGACACAUCCAAACCCCUGGAUGAAACAGAUCAGAGUAAGGAAUCUGGGUACCAGUGCACAGUAUGCUUUAAAAUAUUUGAUUUCCCCUCCAAACUUUCUAGGCAUCUCCUGAUCCAUAUGGACAUCAAGCCGUUCAGGUGCAGCAUCUGCAGCAAGUCCUUCAGGCAGCUCUCCCACCUCCAGAGCCACUUCAAGGUUCAUAUGGGUCGACAGAACUCUCUCCGUGAAGGAAUGUACGAGAACGUGACAAGAACCUCCAUCCAGGAGGCAUCGGAGAAGGUCAGAGGAACAAAUACCUGUACAAAAGAUUCUGGAGAACCUCCUGUGGUGCAGAGACCAGAUGUUUACUCAGACAUCCAAAAUCUGAAUCUGGUUAAUAAUAAUUCACUUUCCAGUUCCAGAAACAUCGAAGAAUUCACACCAAACAUGGAGAACCCCAGCUCUCCUGCUGACUCCUCCAGCCAGGUAAGGAGAAAUGCUAACCAGUGCAUCUUCUGCAUGAAGACUUUUGAUUUUCCAUCAAAGCUUUCCAGACAUUUGCUGGUCCACACUGGAAUCAGACCGUACGAAUGUGAAGUCUGUUACAAGUCCUUUAAGCAGCUCAGCCAUCUCCAGUGUCACCAGUGGGUCCACAACAGAAGAGAUAACAGUGAGCUCAAAGCGAGCGGUAUGAGACCCAUCUUCUCUGAUAGAACCACCCUGACUCAUGAACCUGACCUUCAGCAAGAGAGUUGUGAAGGUUCAGGUGUGGUAAAUCAAAGUCAUGAUGACUACAGUGUGCAAGUCCACCAUCAGAAAUGGAUUUCUGAAGACAUCAACUGUGUUCCUUCUGAUUCAGGUGCUGGUGAGAGCAAGGUCAAGUCUGAGACUGACCUUCUGCAGGAUAAUUCUGUUCACCAUAUGUUCAAGCAUGACUCCGAUCCAUUUGGUGCUGAUGAUACAUCAAGCCUGACACUCUUCAAAUCGGAGAGCAGGGAUUUUAAACAAUGUUUAACCCCAACAGGUGAAGAUCAAUCAUCUGCUGCUAAUAGGUCCACCAGGUUUCCAGUUUGGAUUAGUAUGGAUCAAGAAGAACUGGUUGAAAAUAGAGAUCUUCAUGCUUUUCCUCAGAAUAUUGAUAGGAUUAAUUUGCACAGUCUCCCGUUUUGUAUUUCUGAAGACUCUUUACAAAGAUCUCCAACCGUCCCUGAUUCUCACAAGCUUGAGCUCAACCAAGAUUCCCUGAAGGGUGAAGGUCAGAAUCAACCCUUGAUAGAUCCUCCACAUGACCUGCUGACCUGCGCUUCCUGCAGUCAGUGCUUUGAUUCUUUACAGAACCUUCACACACACACUUGUCCUAACCGGAGCGCCUCAAAGUCCUACCAGUGCGCCGUUUGCUUCAAAAGCUUCGAAGCUCCUUCUAAGUUGAAGAGACAUUACGUGAUCCACACGGGACAGAGGCCGUACCGCUGUAACGUGUGUGAGAAAGACUUCACCCAGUCAGGUCAUCUCAGAACACACAUGCUGUCCCACAGGUAGCUCACUGACCUCCAGCAGGAACGUGGUGUUACAGCCGAGAUCACAAGGGAUCUCCAGAGUUCUGGAACCAGUUUAAGCUGUAACUACAUGAACUAUCAAACUAUCUGUUAUCCAGAUGUCCUCAUGGUGAUGGAGCUUCAGCUCUGGUGUGAUCCUGAGCUUCUGGUGUGGAGUUUCACGUGAUGAUGAUGGUGGUUGGUGAUUUGGUUAAGAUAAAUCACUCUGAGGUGUAAAACAGUGAUGAUGGACCUGCAUCCUGUCCACCUCCUGCCCUCUGGCCGAGCCUUCAGAUCUAUGAUGAUCAAAAUAACGAGAGCGCCUUCCUAGUGGAGGAUUUAUUUUACAAACAUAAGUGUGUGGGUGUGUGUAUGGGAGUGAGUGAGUGAGUGUGUAUGGGUGUGUGUGUGUGUGUGUGUGUGUGUGUGUGUGUGUGUGUGUGUGUGUGUGUGUGUGUGUGUGUGUGUGUGUGUGUGUGUGUGUGUGUGUGUGUGUGUGUGUGUGUGUGAGUGUGUGUAAGAGGCGGAUGAUUAAAGGAAGAAUGCACACUAAUAGAUAAAGAUUUGAGUGUGUGUGUGUGUGUGAGUGUGUGUAAGAGGCGGAUGAUUAAAGGAAGAAUGUACACUAAUAGAUAAAGAUUUGAGUGAGUGUGUGUGUGUGUGUGUGUGUGUGUGUGUGUGUGUGUGAGUGUGUGUAAGAGGCGGAUGAUUAAAGGAAGAAUGCACACUAAUAGAUAAAGAUUUGAGUGUGUGUGUGUGUGUGUGUGAGUGUGUGUAAGAGGCGGAUGA